AUGAUGUGCGAGGUGAUGCCCACCAUCUCCGAGGAUGGGCGUGGUGGCGGAGGAGGCGGCUCGUCUUCUCCUGCUGGGGGUGGUGGAGGGAUGGGUGGAGGGAUAGGAGGUUUGGGGGGCUACAGCGGCCGGGAUCCCCGUGGCGGAGGCGUUGGGGUAAGCGGAGGUGGCAGUGACGAGGGAGGCAGUACAGGCAACCUGGAGUCGCUGAUGGUGAACAUGCUGACAGAGAGGGAGAGGCUGCUGGAGAGUCUGAGGGAGACCCAGGACAGCCUGGGGACAGCCCACCUACGGCUAAGAGAGCUGGGCCAUGAGAAGGAGUCACUCCAGAGGCAGCUUUCUAUCGCUCUGCCGCAGGUAUGAAGGCUUGGGCUGUGGUGAUUUGACAUUCAGAACAGAUCAAGAUGAUGCUUUCUCUUAUAAUAUUUACAGCGACCCUUACAGUUUCAUCCAAUGGCAAGCUUUCAGAAGGUAGAGGCCUAGAGCAGAGCUGUUACAAGGUGAACAGCCAUUUGCCUUGAUAGGUUUAAGUGACAAAAACAGAUAACAGCUUCACACAAGCAGGUUGUCUCUAACCGUAACACCUAACAACACUAGGGAAUACGAUUACUUAGGCAAGGUACAAAGUUAGUAAAAUGUUAAAACAGGGCAUGUAGACCUAUGAAUGGAGAGAGGAAGGAAAAAAGAAGAGCCCUGUUUAGACUCUCCCAACUACUAGGCGUUGUCCCGAGGCCUGAACCAGGCCUAACAAGUAGUAUAAUCUUAAUCAAAGACUUCCACUCUCUGCCUUUAAGGGUUUAGAUUAUGUGACCUAAAAGAGAGACUGAACCAGACUGAAAUGAUUCCACAUGAGAGGGGCCUGAGAAUUGAAGGCUCUGCCUCCCAUACUAUUUCAAGAAGCUCUAGUUACCCUUUCAUGAGAGCAUUAAUCUUGACAUGUGAAAGGAAACUGUGGACCUUUUCAGAUAAAGAUAAAGACAGACCAAAGAGGAUUUGGAGAAGUUACACUACUUUUCAGUGGUAAAUGCUGUUUAAAAUCCAGCAUCUUGAUUUGUUAUCCAUGAAAAGUUGUAUAUAUUAUCAGAAGUCAUCCAUGCACUAGCCAACAAUGAAAAGGUUUUACGAUAUUUUUGUACCACAUUGGCUCAAAGUUAUAGAAGUGCAACAGCAGUCACAGCCUUAAAAGGAAAGAGAUAAACUACAUCACUGUUUCUUUGACUGCCAUGCUACUUUGGACACACUCUUGUAUUCUUCAGUGUCAUUCAGAUAUAGAUUAUCAUUUUCAUACACAUUGGAUUCCAUGGCAUUGUGGGAAAACUCAACUUGAUAUGUAAAAAGGAUAGGGCUGAAGAGAUGGGAGUGCUGGCUCACUGUGCUGCAUGUUUGUGUUUUUUAUGAAUUAGGUUGAUGGCACAUGGUUGACAGGUAUGUAGUUUUUUGUCUUGAUAUGAGGUUAAGAUGUAGUUUGAGGUUUGGAUUGUCUUGACUGCAGCUUGGCCUUUGUACUGUCAUCAAGAUUAGUGAGCUUUCCCUUGGGAUCUGAAGUUUCCUGGGCUCAAAAUCACAUGUCUGCCAGCUGUAAAAAGAAAAACAAACAAACAGAAUAACAGAGAGAGAAUACCUGAAAAAUGUUCAUGUGAAAAAGCACCAGAUUGGAAAGGAAACACUCAACUGAAGUAGGACUCCUGCCUGCUGACAGCAGAACUGAUCAAGUAUUAUCAGCAGAAUGUAUUCUUGUACUGUAUCAACAGUACUCAGAUGGAAAAUGGUUUCCUUUCACGCUGAUGAAUUAUUGAUGUGUUAACCUGUAAGAGGGAUUGUAAUGUUGAGUGUGACUCUUUAUUGUAGAUCUGAUGGAGGGUUUAAAGUACACUAACAGCAGAGAACUCCCAGGACAUGUGACAUGCUGAAACUAAAAUUAGGCUUUACAUAUAAUCCACAUAGUUUUUAGUUGCUCUGAGGGAUGAACUGAAAUCUUAAUGUAUUCUUUGGGAUGGGAAUGUAUAUUUCUCUACAACAAAGGGUUUGGGCAGAAAAAAAGAGAAGAUGAGCACAUUGAAAUUUAUUUUAUAUGUAGUUAUUUGGGAACAUCAAACCAAUUUGUUUCUUUGAAGUUACAGUUAUUGCAAAGAAUAGCCUAGAAAGUGCCAAAUAUACCUGAUUUGGAAUGACCUUUGAGUAUGAACGGCAGAUACUGAUCAGGUUUAUGGUUAUCUAUUACAUGGCUUUCUUACCUAUCACCUGGUUGUACCAGAUACUGUUGGUGCACUGAUAUUGGGAUAAAUCAAACAUCUUGACAUCAGUAAAUUAUUCUGACACCAGAGACAACCCAACCUGUUAUUGUGUUGUUCAUGAUUUCACCUCUUCCUGUUAACAGUGUUACAGAAGGAUUUAUAGACAUUUAUGGACAGGGAAUAUUUUUAAUAUUGCUUUCAUUUGAUUGGUGGUUAAUGGCUGACAGAGCAAAGAAGAGCAAAAAAAGGAAAACAGCACACACAGAGUUUUAAUGAAAGAGACACAGACCAGUGAAAGAGAGAUGUCUGUAGACAUGAAUUAACCACAAACUGCUAGAGACCAGAUGAAUGAAAAAAAAACAACAGAAAGGUUAAAGGGAAGAGGUCUUAAUGCAGGUGCUGCUGUUAUUAACUGCAUCUACUGAAAAUGUUCAUUGACAAAGGCUUAUAUUGAGAGUUACCUUGAAUUAGGGCUGUCACAGCAUCAAUUUGUUACCUCAUAAUGAUUGUGGCCAUAUAUUAGUAACAUUAUUACCACAAUAUUUAUGGAAACCUGGAGUUGAAAACGGCACGUGAAGUAAACUGGGAAAAGGCAAGAUAAGGGAGGAGCAACAUAAUCGAUAAAAUGCUCAAGUCCAUCAGUUUGACUUAAACACGGUUGACAUGUGAUCAUUUUCUGAUUGUGUUCAAAUUCAUGAAUUAUCCACAUCACUAUCUGUCACUGAAACUCCUUUUGAGAGCAGUCUAUAAAACAGUAGUUAUGCUUACUUUUAUUUUGAUAUUUUCUGCCAUGCAUUUAAAGUUACUGUAUUUCCUACAUUGUAAAACUGUGUACUAUUUUGAGGCACAGGCUAGAUUGUGAAUUGAAUUGGAUUUGGAUUAAUGCUCAGAAAGUACAAAUUUUAAUCAGUUAGAGAUGAGAAGAGGCACAAGCUCCAGUCUAACUUUUUGAUUUACAAAUAAAAUCAUGGAAAUUUAGUUUUUAAAAGCGCUGAAUGAUCUCUUAGAGAGCUGCUUCAAGCUGGUUCACAAGCAGUCAGCUGUUGCUUCUUCUUCGUUUAUCUGUUUUUCUGACGUGUGAGAACCUAGAUGAACUUACAGUAUAAGCGUUUGCUUAUUUUUAGCACUUAAUCAAUAUUUGGUAUUUUAAUAAAUAUGGUUACAGUUAUAGCACAGCCCUACCUUGAAUGAAAAUGUACGUUUGAUGUGAUUGAAGACAGUGAAGUAGGUGAAUGUUUAAAACUUGAAUGUUAGGUUUAAUAUCAAUUUGUCUGUACAAAGGCGAUAAGUCUAUCAUGGCCAUGGAAGCGCUACCAACUAUUGAAAAUGAGGGGCUAUAGAUUACAGUCAGAAUAACAAUAUAUUAUCCCUUAUAUAAUAAAAACUUCAACUGGUUCCUCCACAAUCAAAACCUUGAAGCUGUAACUGGUAACUUUUGAUUGACCGUCAACCUUUAAAGAUGUCUCAAAAUUUGAUGCUGGCUCUUUGAUUGUACAUUAGAGGCACAGACCUAAAACCUGAAGCUUAUUGUGGAAAUGCUACAUUUAUGCCUUCAGCACAGAAGCCAAUUAUUAUAUUAUCCCACAUCCCUGAGCUGAAGAGCUAAUCAUUUUGCAAUUCCACUUAACAUACAAGGGCUCUAUCUCUAUUUUCAGGCAGGAGUCCUUGUUGGAUGCCUCAGGCGGCAAUGAUGCCUCCCUCCCUUAUUGUUAGUACCUAUUUUUCCCGGUCACUACGCCUGGAAAACCUAAACGGAAUAAGAGACGUAGCAGUGCUGGACUGGACAUUAAAGGACUGAAUUACCUCACUGAGAGGGGGGAUCAAUAUGGCGCACACAUGUGUAGAAAUACACACACAGAUAGAGGAACACAUGGAGGGCCACAACACUUUCUACAGUAGAUGAGUUCAGCGAGUUCGUCUGUGAGUGGAGACGUUGCCAAGAGAGAAAAACAGGAGACAGGGAUGGAGGGAGAGAGUGACAGCAUGGCACAAAAAGAGAGAGAGGGAGAAAACCUGGUGAUAUGAAACACACAGAGACUAACAAAUCAAGCUCAUUUGCAUAUUGCUGCAUACUAAUAAGGUGGCUUCAGGAGUCUGUUUUAGAUGUCGUGGAUCAUUACAGGAAGAUCAGAAUGGAUGAAGGUGGCAGGAAAUGGAAGGCGUAAGAAUGAUUUGCAUCGUUUUUGUGACCGAAAUGACGAAGGGAAGAAUGUAGAAAGCGACUUGUCCAUCUCGCCCCAUCUUUUACAUGAAUUAAUCCCAGAAUUAAGAUAUCCUUUGGGCGCAGAACACACCAUCUGUACACAGCAAUUUCCUCUCUGAUCCUUUCUCCCUCCAUCUUUUGAAAUCUUCCCUUCACUUCCUCUCCUAACUCAGCCCAGCAAGCACAUCAGCUCUGAAGCUCGUUACAUGGUGUGUACUUUUUGGAAUGCAUUUUUGCAGGAAGCGGGUGUGAGGUAAAGGCACCUGUUUGCUGGCGUGUGGGUAAACUGAUCAGUGUUGACACGGAGCAAAGAUUACAGUGGCCUGAUGCAUGCAUAGGUGCUCUUUAAUGGCCUCGUUACAGCUGUCGUUGUGUACUGCCAACAUAGUUUUACUCAUUACUAUCUUGUAGCUGACCAACUGACAUGACCAGAUUUUACCACCAAAUUUCAUCUGGAAAUAUUGAACAUUAGACGUUUCUGCCUAACUCUCACGCCUGUCGAACCUCUAGGCAUUUGUUUUAAUGGCGGGUAAACUCUCAGCCAGUCCUGGUUAUUGCGCAAUCAAAGCAAUUUUAGGUGCAACAUGUGCAAUAAACCUGGCCGUUAAAUUUUAUGUAGAGGUCUGGUUUAAGACUCCUUGUGUCGUUUACUGUGAGUGCCAUGGUAGAUGCGGCAAAGAUUACACUGUAUGUUGUUGUCUCCUGCCAAAAUGUGCACUUAGUAAAGGCAGUAUAAACCUGCAGAGGUUUGAGUGGAAUGAUUAAAUCAAGAUUGUUAAAUCACAACUUUUCUUGGUUGUGUUGCAUGGGCUUACCGAAGUUAUUGGCAGUAAAGUUUUUGAGUCUGCAGUCUUUGUGUUUUAUUUUAUGUCCAAUGGUAAAUGUUUGUGGCAGGUAAGCUCCAGCUGAGAUAUUUCCAAGUUUCCAAAGAGUUUUGUAGCAUGUUUCUACCUGUCAUUACUUCAUUAUUUUAUUGGUUAUAAAAGUAAAAAGCAUUCUUACCAAGCAGAAAAGAGCCAAAAUGAAAACCUUAGCACCCCGCUACCUCCAUCUAUAAAACCAGCCAAGAAAGCUGAGUUUAUAUUUUCUCUUUGAGGGAAUUCUGGGAAAUGAUGGAAGUCAGUAAUGCAAAUUGAAACAGCCACAUCAAGUUAAAACACAAUAGAGCGGCACAUCUCUAUAGAGUGAUUUGGUGUUACAGGGAACCUUACACCAUCAUCAGUGUGUUCAUGACCUCAUGCAGCUCUUGCAGCACCAGUGGCAGUGUCAAAACAAUAACAGCACCCUCUUGUGACCCUGCAGGAGUUUGCAGUGCUGACCAAAGAGCUGAACCUCUGCCGAGAACAGCUGCUGGAGAGAGAGGAGGAGAUUGCUGAGCUAAAGGCUGAGAGGAACAACACAAGAGUAAGAAUGCUCAUUUCCGCUCAAACGUUAUCUUCUUGUGUUUUGAUGAGAAUUUUCCUUUAUGUGUGACCAACCACCUCAGAGACCUUAAAGGUGCACCGUAGAGGAUUUGUUGUACAUAAUCAACAUGUGUUUGCAGCUGCUGCUUGAACAUCUGGAGUGCCUGGUGGCCCGUCACGAGCGUAGUCUGAGGAUGACCGUGGUCAAGAGGCUGACGCAGUCUUCAGCCGGGGUCUCCAGCGAAGUGGAGGUCCUGAACGCCCUAAAGUCCCUGUUUGAGCACCACAAAGCCCUUGAUGAGAAGGUGAGAGAGAGGCUACGGGUGGCUUUGGAGCGAGUGGCAGCCCUGGAGGAAGAGCUGCAGUCCUCCUCACAAGAGGUGAGCACACAUUUCUCAGCUUCACAGUUUGUUUUUUCAUCUGCAGGUUUCAGUGAAUUCAGUGUCUCCUGAUGAUUUUUUUCUUUGCGGUUUCAGGUUGUGUCUUUGAAAGAUCAAAUCAAGCGACGGCAGCAAGGAAUAGACAACGGCAAAGAAGUAAGUGGAUUUCAUUCGUUACUUUUCUUCAGCUAUUUGCAUCAAGGUAUCAUUUAUUCUCGUGUGUAUUUUUGUCCUGUAAAAGGUAGGAAGCAGAGUUGGAACACAUUUAAACUACAUAAGGAUAUGUGCUCCAUUGGAAGGUAAAGAGAGCAGCCAGCAACCUGUCAUAGCACAGCCCAGAAACUUCAAGAGUGCUAGAGGUUAAUUGGAAAUGAUUGUGCUGGCUUUAGGGUGCUCCAGGGGUGGCCAAGGGCACAUGCCACCCCUGGCUGCUAAUCUGUGAACACCCCUGUGCUUCACAUAAACUGAUCACAACUCUUCGUGAGGUGGCUCCAUUCAGAGGAAAAUUGAAAACAAAUUAAACACCUUUUUUCGAGUCCUGCACUUAGAGUUAGUAAAAAGCUGAUUAGAAGUUUAUAGUCCAAGAUCAGAGGUCAGGGCUACACAAAAUCCUAAACACAGUGUUUCUGUUACUUUAAAAGGAGUUUUAUCUUGUGGUUACAAAUGGGUCGCUGAUAAUCUUAUUUUCUUUGAAUGACUUUGUUUUAAGAAAGAUAAGGUCAGAUUUAAGUAAAUGAAACACAGGUUCAUUGCUUUUCUUCCCAAAAAAGUUUAGGCCCAAGAUUUGACUUGGAAAACAGCCAUUGUCCAAGGGUGGAGUAAUGGUCAGGAUCUAUGUCUUUUAAGAAUCCAUGUACUAUUUUUCUUCAUUUAGCGUCUCCCUAAUGGACCGUCCUCAAUCUUGGAUGACGGUGACAUUGACAGGCAGAGAGAGGGCGAGAUCGAGCGUCAGAGGUCAGAGCUGGGCCAGCUUAAAGAGAGACUGGCGCUCAUGUGCAGACAGGUACUCCAUUCAGAGACACUCUUAUGGUCUAAUGCCUUCACCAAAACCAACAAACAAAAAACAUCUCCAGCCAGGAAUUCUCUGGGACAGAAACCCAUGUAUGCUUAUCCUAUGCUGUCACUUCCUGUCAGGUCGGGGAGAUCGAGGAGCAGCUAACUUCUGCCAGGAGGGAGCUGGCCAGAUCAGAAGAGGCCAACCAGAAACUCCAGAGGGAUGUGAAAGAGGUGAGAAUAAACCACUACUGUGUGUCUGUCAGAGUCAUGUCUGUGUUGCUCAUACUCAAAGAAAUAUGUAACAAUUUACUUUGGUACACACAAGAGGUGGCAUGGCAUGGCGACAGUACUGUAGACAAAGCUGCAGACUCACCUUAUUGAUCAUUGUGUUGAAAGAUGAUUAAAGCUUUUCAGGCUGUUUAUUUUGCAGACUUUCUUCAGUGGUCAAACUGCCUUUUCACCAGUAAAGACCACACCCUCAACAGGCUCAAUAAGGCAAAGUUUAUUGACUGUUAUGGAAAAGCAGUCAAUAAGUAGUCGCUGCUGCUGCCUGUUCAGGGAAGCUUAUCAGGGCUCACUUACUGUAGCUCCUUGUUCAUGCAAUACAAGGACUCCUUCUUAGGACCCUGCAGAAGCAGAAAAAGGGAUGAAAUAGAAGAAAAGGGGGCAGGAGAGUGAUGUGGAAAUGAAACCGGGGGAUCUUGCGAAAGAUUUUGAAAACAGAAAGCUAUAAAUAUUAAACAGAAAUUCCAAAAAAAAUCAUCUCUUGUUAUUGCUAAUAAAUCAGUCUGAACUUAGCACAAGUUCUUAAAUGAUAGCUUUGUCCACAGCAAAGAUUCACAAUGACUGAUAAGUUUGGUUGUCAAAACAAAGUAAGGUGAGACUUUUUUGUUUUCUUUUCUUUUCACUUGUUUAGCAUCAAAUCAGCAAAGAGUAAGAAGUACCAUUCUGUCCACAGGGGGCACAAAAUUUGGAUGAAAACUAUCACAGUAGCUUUAAGAUGUAACUAUUGGAGCUUUUUUGCUCAGAGUUUAAGUACAAAGACAAAACUUAAGAUAUAAGUUUUGUUAAAUUUAAUAAACACAGGACAUGUUUGAGUGUUACACUAAUUAAUAAACAAUCAGUGUCAACAAUUGGAAGAGGGCUUUUAUAAUAUAAAGAUCAGCCAUCUAAAUAAGAGACACAAAAGACCCAAACUUCCACUUUCUAACGUAAAGAAACUCACUAAAUGCAGCAACUAACAGCACAGAGAUAUGCACACUGUUUGCCCCCAUCUGCUCCAUCUCAAUGUCCAUUCACCUAACAUUUUCCACUCAUGAUAGGCCCUCAAAGUUUAGCAAAAUUCUCCUCUCAUGUGUGGCUGUGGAAGUGAGCCAUCAGCAUCUCCGCUCUUUACUGCUCAGAGCCGUGCUGUGCACUCUAAUCCUAUCAUUUUAAGAAUGCAGCACAGUCAAAACAACCCUUAUUAGACUGAAAAUUUCACAUGGCACAUAAAGGACUUUUUUUUUGCUUUCAGAAUCAUUUACAUAGAAAAAGGCAUAUUGUUUCUCAAAUAAUGCACAGUGGCUCAACUAAAUGUCUGCAGAAAACGGUGGUGCACAAUGGUGAAACCUGUUAUACAGUUUGUGGUGCAUUUAACCUACUCAGUGUUGAGCUGGUAGGCCCCAGUGUUUUAACAGUAGCUGUGAUUUAAGCAAACAAAAUAAGGUCUUUGUCAUUUUCUGCUGUGAACAGUGAUUAAGGAUCCUCUCCUGAUCAAAAACAAACCUUACAACUUGUAUUUACAGUUCCAGUUUUAAACUCCAACCUGGAUCAUUUUUACUAAUGUGCAUAGAUCAAUUUUUCAUAUUUUGAAAAGACUGAGAAUACUUCAGGAGUUGAGAGCUCUAGGGACUCAUGGGUGAAUGUAGAGCUGCUGUUGGGUGCUGUCAGGUCCAGCUGGCCCAUGUCUUCUGACAUCACUCGGGUUUCUUCAACUGAUCCGUUCAUUCCUUGAAUGUGUAUUAAAGGGACAAGUAUAAGGCAAUUAAACCUUUGCCACACUCUACAGCAUUUUCGCCUUAGAAGUCUGUCCACAGAUGGGCCUUGAAAACAAACUACCAUUCAAUAAAACACUGUUAAACAGAGAGCACAAGAUCAAACAUGACUGCAUGACUUAGUCGUCUUCAGAAACUGUUAAUCUUUCCCUUCUCACCCUCUCUGUCUCUCUUGAACUUGUGCAACUGCAUAAGUGGCUGCUUCUAAAAUCUGUCAACAGCAGCUAUUAUGCAGUCAUUAUCAUUCUUCAGCAUACAGCUGUCCCGGCAAAGUGAAACCCCUUUUCAACAACACACUCUACAUGUGAACAUCACAUGUUCCUCCUCUUUUGCUUACCUGAGCUGCCAUUUUUUUGUCUACAUCCAAAUGAUUACACUUGACUUCCUUUCAUUUUCCCAGGCUCUCUGUCAAAGGGAAGACAUGGAGGAGAGAAUCACCACAUUAGAGCGCAGGUUUGUGUUUUCUCCCCCUGUGUUUGUGAACUCUGUUUGCCCCCCUCAAAAAAUGUGCCCAGCUCACUGCUCCAGCUUUGUGCCUGUUUGUUGUGGUUUGCAGGUACCUGAGUGCCCAGAGGGAGGCGACGUCUCUCCAUGACAUAAAAGACAAGUUAGAAAAUGAGCUGGCCAGCAAAGACUCCCUCUACAGACAGGUGAGAAACCUCUCUUUCAUCCCUGUGUGUGUCCGUGUUUCUGCUCUUGAUUGGCAGCUUGGCGGCAUUUCACGUUGGCACUCUGAGCAUGCCGUCAGUGCCUUUUUUCCCCCAUAGCAUCUUCAAAUUUGCUGCCCUCAACAAUCUCAACUGGAGCUCCUAUUUUCAUUUUCCCUCUUAUCAUGUUUUAUUUGCAGAGCGAGGAGAAGAACAGGCAGCUUCAGGAGCGUCUGGAUGAUGCCAAGCAGAAGCUGCAGCAGACUCUGCAGAGGGCCGAGACGCUGCCUGAGAUCGAGGCCCAGCUUGCACAGAGAGUGGCAGCACUUAACAAGGUGUGUGUGCAUGCUUGCGUGCGUGCGUGCGUGCGUGCGUGUGUGUGUGUGUGUGUGUGUGUUUGUGUGUGUUGCGGGCAAUCAUUACAGCCUGGGUGGUACAUUUUUGAGCCACCUGAUAGGUCUGAAGAGGUAUCAAGAUGAAUAAAUAAGAAACACUGCAGGAAUCCGGUUUCCCCUCAUUUGAAUCCACAGGGGGCGACAGGGUUCAAAUUGCAUCAAGUGCAAAUUCAGUUGUCAGAGUGGUCGACUGUUUGCACCCACACAGCUGCAUAAAAAAUGCACAGUGUGCAUAUGAGUGUGCACCAUGAGCUGGAUGGUGCCUGGGUCAUUUUGGCUUUGGAUGGCAGGGGCAGGACUCAACCUGGGCUGUGUUGCAACAGGAAGCUAGAGUUUUUUACAUUGUAGUGUGGCACAUUCAGAGUAUUACACAAUUUCCCAACCUCUUCUGUGAUUAGUCACAAUAAAUCUUAAUUGAUUGAAAGAACUGCUAUGAAUAUAAAUGCCCAAAAAUGAUGGAAAUGAAGGCUGCCAUAACCACCGUAAGCCCCUUUGCCAUCAUCACAUAUAAACGUAAUUAAGAGUCACCUCUGUUUGAGUGAUAGGUGAAAAAUGUUUAGUGUAAUACAUACCAAACAGAGGCACUGGAAAAGCUGGAAAACUGUUGUAGAAGUUGUCAACCAGGUAAAGCAUCCUUAAGUUCAAAGGAAAUUCCUGUAUAUGCAUGCACGUGUGCAAAAAUCUAUGUAUGUUAGGAUAUGCCUGGGUGCACAGACACAAUUGUUUGAGUAUGUGUGAGUGUGAGUGGGCAAGUGUGGGCAUGUAAACUGGUGCAAGCAUGGGUAUCGUAUAAACGUAUACGUGAGUGUGUCUGUGCAGGCAUGUGGUUGUAUUCAUGCAUGAGGGAAACAGAACACAAGAUGUCAAACGACAGAUGAAUACCAAAUAUUUCAGGCAAAUGGUGCCAGCAAUUCAUAAGCACACAAUCCAAGAUGAAAGCCAGCCUAGGGCUCAGAGUCAGCGCAGCUAUUUGAUCCUUGGGCGUUCAACACGUCAGGAACUGUACACCACACAGACUCUUCAUGACUGACUGGUUUAAUUGCUCAUAGGUUAACCUCUAGCAUUCCUGUUAACACACAUUUUAGUCAUGCCAAGAAAACGCUCACUCUCCUCGCAGUAGCAAAACCGCCUUAAUGGCUGCACUUACUCCUUACAUGUUCAGGCAAGAUAGUUUCCCUGAAAGGAUAAGAUUGAUGCCUGGCUAGACACAGACAAACAAACUUUCAUGUUAUGCUCUGAUCUGUAUAGGCAGGUAACUAAUUAGAUGAGGACUAGGUCAACAAACUGUUUCCUUUAUAUGGAUUUCUGUUAUUGUUGCAACCCAGUUCACGCUCUAGCUUUUAUUCCUUCUUCUUCAAUCAUCCAGGCAGAGGAGCGUCAUGGUAACUUUGAGGAGCGACUGCGACAGAUGGAAGCGCAACUGGAGGAGAAGAACCAGGAGCUACAGAGGGUGAGUCAUGCUUGCUUUUCCAUCUUUCUUUUUUUCUUUAUCCUCCCCCUCUUUCAUGCCUUUGCUUUUGUUAGGCUUUACGCAGCACAAAGGCGCACUAAUUUUCUAAACCCCCUAUUUGACCGAACUCAGAUAGAAAUCUUUGUCUCUUGCUCUCAGUCAAGCAGAAUGCUUGUCAUUAACUCUCCUGCUGCCCUCCCUUUUCCUUUUCUUUUCUUCCGCUCUCACCCAUCUCACUCUCUCUCUCCUCCCCUCAGGCGAGACAGAGGGAGAGGAUGAAUGAUGAACACAACAAGCGUCUCUCUGACACAGUUGACAAGCUUCUGUCAGAGUCCAACGAGAGGCUGCAGCUCCACCUGAAGGAGAGAAUGGCUGCCCUGGAGGAAAAGGUGACCCGCUCAGACACAAGCAGGAUUUCUCCAGAUUUGUCAGAUUAGGAUCUGAACCUCAUAAAACAGAGGCGUUAAGUGUCCCAUUCCUUUGAAUUUGACUGCAAAUUUGUCCUCAUAAACUCCUGGUAUGAGGUGUUUCCUGACGUCUCUGCUUUCAGGAGAGUGACCAGUCAAGUACUGUCUCCUCUCUAUACAGUACCAUACAAUAUGAUACAAUACAAUAUGAUAUGAUAUGAUACAAUAAGAUACGAUAUGAUAAGAUAUGCCACACAGCGAUAAGAUGAUUUGAUACCAUGCAAUAUGAAAAAAGCGAUAUGACAAGGUAUAAUGAAACACUUUGAUACAGUGAAGGGUGAUUCAACACCAUAGAAUGAGAAAGGAUACAGUAAAACAGGACAUGUAGCUGUCGAUAUGAAAUGAUACGACAGGGUAUGAUAAGAUAGUGUAUGAUACAGUACAAUAUGGUAUGAUAAGAUAUGGCAUGAUACGGUACAAUACAAUAUGAUAGGGUAUGAUAAGAUAUAGUAUGAUAUGAUACAAGAGGAUAUGAUAAGAUAUGGCACAAUAUGAUACAAUACAAUACGAUAGGGCAUGAUAAGAUAUUGUACAAUACGAUACAAUAGGAAAUGUUAAGAUAUGGCACGAUAUGAUAGGGUAUGAUAAGAUAUGGUAUGAUACGAUAUGACGGGGUAUGUUAAGAUAUGGUACGAUACGAUACAAUAGGGUAUGAUAAGAUAUGGCAUGAUAUGAUACGAUACGAUGGGGUAUUAUAAGAUAUGGUACGAUACAAUACAACAGGGUAUGACAAGAUUGAGUAUGAUACGAUAUGAGAGGGUAUGAUAAGAUAUGGCACGAUGUGAUAAAAUACAAUACGAAAUGAUAUGAUAGGGUAUGUUAGGAUAUGGUACGAUAUGAUAGGGUAUAACAAGAUAUGACAUGAUAUGAUACAAUAUGAUAGAGUAUGAUAAGAUAUAGUAUGAUACAGAGAUGGGAAAAUGUGGAGUCACCAAGUCAUCGCCAUCCCAUGUAUUUGUUCUGCUCAGUUACUGAACCAGCUGCUUCCAAUGAGCAGCCAGGAAGGUGAGCUCAUCAGUGAAGGCACCUGGUUCAGUAACUAAGCAGAACAAAAACAUGGCAUGGAGAUGACAUUAUGACUCCACAAUUCCCAUCUCUGGUAUGAUACGAUAUGUCACAAGAUUAUACAGCAACAUAAAAUAUAAUGCAGUUCUAUGAUAAAUGAUCAAUGAUAAGAUGAUCAUUUAAAGCAGUGGUAUUCUGCUUUUUUUUGUAAUUUUGAAAACAAAUGUGAAGUUAAAAUUUUGGACAUCAGUUCUAUACAUGAGCAAAGUUUCAGAUUUAUGGUUAAUGUGUGUUGAAGUAAUCCCCAGAUGGGACUACAGAGGGCUCUAAAUGGCAGGAUGCUUUUGGGUGGUGGGGGGACUUAAAGGGACAGUGGCUUUAAUGAAGUGUCUCAGAAAGAGGCUGAAAUCAGGGUUUUCAAAGACAGCAGUCUGAAAUAUGUGAUGACUCUGUUGAACUAUAAAUCAUGUAAAUCUGCUCAGAAGUGAUCAGAGGGACAAUGUAAAACCAAAUAUUAAGCACAAUGACCCCUCUUCAAUGGUAAAACUCAAGAUGACAAAAUUCAUGUAAAAGCAGAAUGGUAGACAGUUAGCCCCACAGUGAGGAGUGGCAUUGAGAAUCUAAUUUGAAAGGAAAUCCGUUUAGUGGGCUGUGUUAUUUAUAAAAAAAAAAAUUAUCCAUCCAUGGCCUCAGCACUGAGUGUACUACUCUGGUCAGGACAGUGGUGUUCUGUCAUAUCUAUAUUUUGUCCAGCCCCUUAUGUAGCAUCGGCUAAUAACUUAAAAGCAUUAGCUGGACUCAGGUAGAAGCCAGCAAUUAGUGUCUCUGAUGACAAAGUUACAGAUUUAUUUAUUUGAAGCCAGAGUGCUAAAAGGAGUUAAAAACACAGAACAGGUUUCUGUUCAUAACAUCAGAGAAACAAGAUGAUCAAUGAAUGCUAGUAUUAAGGAAAAUGAUGGAAAAGUGAAAUCUCAGUACAAAUCCACAGUGGUUGUUGUUUUUUAGUUGCUAAGCCCUGUAUUUUUUCACCUCUAGAACGCCCUGUCUGAGGAGCUGUCCAACAUGAAGAAACUCCAGGAUGAUCUCUUGGCAAACAAGGUUCCUGCAGCUCUGGCCUUAUUCUGUUAGAACUCGUGGAAACACGCCAUUUUUUAACAACUGUAUUUAUUUUCUUCUCCCAGGACCAGCUGAUAGCGGAGCUGGAGAGGCUGCAGCUGGAGUUAGAUCAGCUGAGAUCGAGGCCCGGGGGCUCUUAUUCCAGGUUGGUGCCUCUGAGACAUCCACAACACUCAAGUGUGGCCUUGCAUGACCAUAAAAAUGCUGGUGCUGUGUCUCUUAUCUUGUCAGACUCUGAAAAAUACUGAUUUAAUGCAUUUACACACACAGGAAUCUCACUCUCUCUGAUAGUUUUCUGCAAACCUUUAAAAAGUGAAGUUUAAACUUGUGGCUCUCAGCUGACUAUGUACUUCUCAUAUCUUUCUGUCAAAUGUUCUCUACUCUCUACUUGUUAGUCGAUGUUUGUUUUUGCUUCCUCUGCAGGUAUUUCUUUUUGUGGGAAAUACAAUACCUGACCUGUGUGUCAUUCUGUGGUGAACUGUCUCAAUGUUUCGGUCUGAUUCAUCCUGCAGGGAUAAUUAUAGAUUCAUCUUAUCCUGUGCCAUCUUAUCUUCCUUUCUAUCUCCGCAGUCGCUCUCUGCCAGGAAGCGCUCUGGAGUUGAGGUAUUCCCACGGAGGUGGGUCCCUCCCAUCAGGCUCUACCACUCACCUGGAUCCCUUUGGUAAUGCCUCCACAGGGGGCGUUGUCAGGCGAAGUCACAGGGCUCGUUGGAGCUCGGCCCGAGAGGACUCUACCAAGGUGGGCAACAAACAUCCCAAACACAACACAUAAAUUUAUUUUCAUCUAUCUGCAUCCUUUUUAAAGCAGUGGAUAAUUCAUUUCCAGACAACAAAAUAUUAGUCUGAUAUCCAGCAAAACCAAAACAUCCAAAUCUAAAUUCAAAACAAAGUCAGAGAUUUUUUUUCCUCUGUCAGUGGUCUGACUUUCAAAACCUUUUAAGAAUGUUUUUUGCCAUAAAACCAGCAAAAAAUUCUGUUUUUCACUUCCUCUGCACUUAAAAUGACAGCUUGUAAAGUGUUUACUUCACUUGUCUCAAAAAUGAAGACGAAUCCAAUUAUGGUUGUGCACACAUGGUUGUACUUGUGCUGAUGUUAGUGACAUUACUUGUACCAUAUUCAUCAUCUAAGUUUGGCGUAUUGGAUGCUAGCAUGUGCUCAUGAUAGCAUCCAACACGCAAACUUAGCAAACAUAGAACAGCGGAUUGGGGAAUGGUUAGUUUUACUAAAAGGUCCCAUGGCAUGCCAAUUUCACACAACUCAAAAUAGUCCCCUGGUGUGUUAAAAGCAUAUCUAUGACGUCCUUCGGUCAAAAUUCGAUUUGGAUCAAUUAUUUUAGUGCUCUUUUUAUCAGCUAAAAACAGCUCCGCUCAAAAUCCUCCGUUUUGGGCCAUGUCUCUUUAAUGAAAUGAGCUGCACCUAAGCCACAUCCACUUUACACCCAUCUCUGGAAGGGGCAGUAGGGGAAUGUAGCGGUUUUCUAUCCCUGAUAUGCACCCCCCUCCCAUUAACAAAGUCAGUUUUUCAUGCCAUGACCCCUUUAAAUUGCUAAUAUAAACAGAUUUAGUCGCCCUUCAGAAGUAGUGAUUGAUGAGUAUUUUGGAAAUGUAUGAAAUGAUAAAUGGGUAACGAAUCCUCUUUCUUGCUCCCACUCUGUACAGUACCCAGACUGGGAGAGUGGAGCUCUGCUUGGGACCGGAUUUGAGCCCGGCUUGGAGGUGGGCUGCUCUGAUGAAGAAGACAAUGGGGAGACUGGGUUUGGCUCUGAGCUGCUGUCACCCAGUGGACAGAAAGAUGUGCAGACACUGGCCAUGAUGCUGCAGAAACAGCUGGAGGCCAUCAAUAAGGAGAUCAAGUGAGGAAACACACAUCAGAACUCACCAGAAACUGAUCCAAUAAAAACUCAUAAAUUCAAACAUGUAGGUUUGUUUAAUCUGUACAGCCUCUAAUGUUGAAAAUAUGCACAUAAAAGUCACCUCCUGAAAAAGUAUUUGAGUCAAACUAGGCAGAAAACAAUGAAGGACAUAAUGAGUAACUGAGGAAGCAGGUUCUUGCUGUGUAAAGAAACGUGAGGAUCAGUUAAGAACUGUAAGUUAUUUCUUGUUUGCUUUAAAGGAAAAGAACUUUGCAGUUUCCCGAAAUUGCAAGAACAAGAGGAGGAAACAAGUGCAUAAGCAACAACUUCCAGUAAAGAGAAAGUACCCAUAGCUUCCUCCUCUUUCCCCUGAAAGGGAGGUUUUCUAUCUGGUCAUUAUCUGACCUGAAACAAGUGCAUCAGAUCAAAACUUUGCAAGAUGGAACCGCCCAAUAACAGACAUUGAAUCUGGCUAGUCCAUCUGCUUUGUAAAGGUUGAUAGCUGUUUGCAAUACAGACAUUUAGGCUUAGUAUAGUAUAUGAGUAUGUAAGUAAAUGAGCCAAUUCUGGACUCCUCUUCCUGGUCCGUCUUGCUGUGUUCAGUGUUGGACCAGCUAGAGUGUUUUUAACUUGAAUUUAUUUUACAAAAACAGACUGAUCCAGGAGGAGAAGGAGAACACGGAACUGCGAGCCGAAGAGAUCGAGAGCCGGGUCAGUGUGGCUUUGGACAGCCCGCCCAUCCCUCCGUCCACCCUGGGGAGAGACAGCACAGGCCGGGGGUUCAUCCCCUCGUCCAUCACAUCCUCCACCCUUGCCUCCCCCUCACCCCCAAGCUCUGGACACUCCACCCCUCGCCUGCCCCACUCCCCGGCCCGCGAGAAUGAUAGACAGGUACUGCUGGAGCUUAGGGAUAAACUUCUAUUCCCAUCUGUGUUAAACUUUUCUAUCUUGCCUCUGUCUAUCCACCUCCCUGUUUAUGCAAACAGCUCCUCCAGACUGUGAGUCAUGUAAAUAAAGCAUAAGUAAAUCAUGCAGUCAGGGUCAGGAGAGUUGAAGGUAUUCAUCAGCUCCAUGUAAGUUUGGGGCAGCUGAUUAAAUACCUCGUAGGGUGGUGCCAUGCUUGGUGCCAGACACGCUUGUCCCAGGCUUUACGAAAUGAGUGGAUAGAUUUCAAAAGAUGGUGCAAUAAACACAAAACAUGCAGUCAGUGGUGGUUGUGAAAGUGAUGAUGUUGAUGUGGGAGUUCAGAGGAGAACGGCAAGAACUGUUUAAAUUAUGGUACUAGCUGGAAGAGUAUACAGUGACAGAGAAAACAUUGAAGCAACAGAGCUGAAACAAAAAACUAGAGACAGAACAGGAGCUUCUACUCUUUUCCAAAACAAAAAUUGUGCUGUGUAGACUGACAAAUUAAGGCAGCAGAGGAGUACUCUAAAUAUUCAAAUGAACAGUAAAGAGAAGAUUAUAACGAGCAGGAAAAUAAUCAGCAAACAAAACAAAAACUUGAAAAAAAUCAAGACUUGUUUUUAUUCUGUAAUCUUCAGUUAGUAGGACAAACCUCUCUGAAAGAAAAUCCAAGGGACAGAUAGACUUGCACCACUCACAACUGUGCAUGAACUUCUAAACUAGCACUAGUUUUACUUAAGGCAGGGACACUCCUUACUACUUUUGGACUAUUCAUAGAUGUAAUUUGAAUGUGAUGAUGAGCUGCAUCUGUCAUCACAGGCUUCACUGUUGACAGCAUUUCAUUAAGUGUGUAGUGCCUGAAGAUUAAUAUCUCAAAUCUUAUAUCUGUUUUGAUUAGAUUUAACACAAGUCAUUUCCUCUACAGAUAAGGCGACAAGAACGUCGUUUGAGAGUCAUCCAAGGGGAAGAAACGGAUACAUUUUUCAGAGAACAGAAUAAUUUCCGAGAAUGUUUAUGUUAUGUGUGCAGUCACCUGAACCAGAGGAUGUUACUCACAUGUUAAAUAUUCGAUCUCCUUUUGGUGCAUUUAAGCCCUGAAUGUCAAGGUUCAUAUUUCUCUCUGCUUACCGGACUUUAAAAUGUGUGUACGAUGGAGUAAAUACUCAGUUUUUUUCUAGUGUCUGUAGCUUUUAGCUUCAGAUAAGCUUAAAUUUUGCUUAUAUGUUGCAUUAGCUAUGUUGUGGUUUCAGUUAACAUAACCUGUACCAUAGAAUGUCUAGUUUUUGCUUUUACAGCGUUGAAAUGUUGCUUCAAAUAAGCUUAUAAAUGUAAUCUUUGAAGAGUAGAAAAAGCCAGGAAGGGUGUGUUUUUCCAUUCAUGUGUUCAAUUAAGGCUAAGCUAGCUAGCUGCUUACUAAGACAGAUGAGAGUGUGGUAUAAAUUUUGUUGUUACUUUUAAUCAGGCAGUCUUGUUUAAUUCUCUUCCAUACAUUCACUCAUUUAUUAACUUAUACAUUUAGCAUAAAGAGACAGCAACUAUAAUGGAGCACUUUCGACAGAGGCUAAAAUAAUGGUAUUUUUUAAUACACCAGUAUGAGAAACACAAGGUUUUUCUGAUCUACAGGAAGUAUAGAAUCUGAAAAAAAAAAUGCAUAAUACCCCCUUUGUAAAAACAUUUGCAUGCGGCAGCCUCUGAUUGAAAGGCUUUGUGCUUUUUGAUACUAUCCAAUAUAAAAUGAUCAAAGUAUCAUUGAACUUGCAGCCUAACUGUGUGCAGUGGUAGCCAAGAAGCUUAUUGGUAGAUAAAUAAGCAAUAACAACCAAAGAAAUCAGGGGAAAAUCCUAAUUGUGAUGUAGUUGAGAGAUUUUUCAAUUCCACCUGUAAGAUUGCACAAACAGUCAACCAUCACUAAAGGUAGUGCAAAAUUUGCAAUGUCUCCUCUUUCUGAGAUGAAUGAACUCAGGUGAAUUUAAAUUUGUUCAGCCCCAGUCGUCAACAUGAGUCUGACGUCUUGGCAGUAGAUAAGUAUGAGUGGUAUAGGUCUCAAUGAUUGGGCUAUUUUUGAGAGAAACCAAUCCUAACCCCACAUCAUGAAAACAUUAGUUUUCAAUUAUUCCUCUUUUUAAAAUAUAUCUUUCUUCUUUUUUUAAUUGAAUUUUCCAGAACAACAAAGAGGAUGAUCGGUCCCUUGCUCUCCUCGACUCCACGCCUCCUCCCACUCCUCGAGCCCUGCGCUUAGACAGGAUGGCCCUCACCCACCCAGGAGCAAUGUUGGAUGACCCCAGAGAGUUUCGCAGGUAGGGCAGCCACACAUCAAUCAAACUAAAUCCCAUGUAUUGCCCUUUCCAUGUUUUUCCCUUUAGUGAUUUACUUUGCCCCUCCCAGUCUCUCAGCAGAUGGGAACAGCAGUCAAGAUUCUCUCCACAAAUCCAGUAAGAAGAAAAGCAUCAAGUCUUCCAUUGGUCGGCUUUUUGGAAAAAAAGAAAAGGGGCGAAUGGGCCAACCUGGGCGGGAUGGAUCCGCUUCUCUUGGUAAACACAUGGAGGAUGAGGGAAGAAUUAAAGACAUGAAAUGUAUCAGGUAUCUCUAUGAUCUUUGUUUUUGCUGUGGCUCUUCCAGCAUCCACACCCUCUGAAGACCAGGCGGCUGGUGACCCGAUGGGGAUGAAUAAGACUGGAACUCUGGGUCCAGCAGAUAAAGACCGCCGCAGCAAGAAGAAGUCUGUAUAUUUUGUCUCCUGUUUUGAUCCACUUUGGUUCUCAGAUUGAAAUGAUGUCUCACGCAGGCUCUUCUUCCUCUUCCCAGGCAUGAGCUACUGGAGGAAGCAUGUCGCCAAGGACUUCCCUUUGCAUCCUGGGAUGGACCCACUGUUGUGUCUUGGCUGGAGGUAAUGUGCAAUCAUAGAAACCUCAACAAUUGGACUUUAAAAGUAAAAACAGCUUUAUCCUAAACUGAUUUAACUUUUCCUCAUGCUUUCACAAAUAUUGAAUCUGUUUUCUGCCACUUGCAGCUGUGGGUUGGAAUGCCGGCCUGGUACGUUGCAGCCUGUCGUGCCAAUGUGAAGAGCGGGGCCAUCAUGGCUAACCUGUCCGACACAGAGAUCCAGCGGGAGAUUGGGAUAAGUAACCCACUUCACCGCCUCAAACUGCGGCUGGCCAUUCAGGAGAUGGUGUCCCUCACAAGCCCCUCUGCCCCGGCCAGCACUCGCUCUGUAAGCAAAUUUUUAACAUACUAUAUGGAAAAAUCGGAAAAGCCUCAGUCAAGACGUCCUCCAUAUGAGACAUAAAGUAAAGGAUGAUCCUACUGAAGCAUGUAGAGGACAAGAUCAGCAGAGACUGCUCUGUCCAAAUGCUGAAACCACAUAAACAGCAGAAGUAGCCUGUUGGACCAGGUGUUUUUUUUUUUUUUUUGGAUAAAUAAAUCGAUAUGAUGCAAAAUGAACACAAAAUCUUAAUCUAAAUUUUUGUAAGGCCCUUCUCCACUUUUUUGUAGGAGACUAAAUGUUGGGGGGGGGGGGGGGACAAAAUCUUGGAUAACAUCUCAGAAUGGUAUUGUAGCUGAAAAACAUUUUGCUGUAAACUGAUUCAAACAUUGCAAUUCCCACCUGGCAAAGCUUGAUCAUCAUAGACAUAGGAAACUGGAUUUUUGUGAUAGUUUUAUGUACUUGUGGCUCAGGGCAUUAAUAGAAAAAACUAUAUUUUGGGGGGGGGGUGGCUGAAAAGAAAAGUAUGUGUGCAAAGUUUUGGGACUUCCUAUAAGGUGUCAGAUGCAGAAACAUGUAACACACUCACUUACAACAUGAAUGUAUUGUGUAUGUGAUUAAUGUCAAAAAUAAUCACAGGAAACCAUGCAGCUGAUCAGGUUUCACUGGAAUGGGGGUUCAGUUUAACUGGUUUUAGCCCUUCUUAUGUAAAGGCUGGAGUCCUUGUUGUUGCAGUUGCUGAUUCUUCUCCCAGCCAUGACCUCUGCUGCACAUCAUCCCUCGAACCCCAGCCUCCCAGCCCCCACCCACACACACACACACACACACACACUUUCCUUUUAUCUCCUCUGCUGUCCUAUCUAAAAAACAGCUUAAAAACAAGUGGGUAACCAAAGGCUACAUUUUCCUCAAACUUUGCCUUCCCAUCAGCCGCAAAGACAAACCAGAUGUAGAAAAGAGUUGUAAAAUGUUGUCACGCACGUACAUGUCUGCUUUUAUGUCUCCACUUCCACAGAGGAGAAGAAAAAAACACGGCCCACUCUUGGUUAGUUAAGUUUGAAGUUAAUUCACUGCAGGAAUCACAAUAAUGAGAAAAAGGACUGAUCACACAUUUGAUCUAACACAUUAUACAGACUGAUCUGAUCAGUUCACACCAACCAGCUGCACCCCUUGUUCAACAGAAUCACCAUGACGACAACAAAGCCAUCAGCUGGUGUGGUUGUCUAAUGGUUUUUGAUGAAGUUCUUUGCAAAUCAGUGCUGAGCCAAUGCUUCAUGUGAGAAGAGAAGAACACAGCAAAAAGUGAAACCAUGGUUUAAAAAAAAUGGAUUUGAGGCCAUCUGUGCCAACUGUAUUGUGUCACUUUAUAUUUUUGGAGCACUUUUUAUAUUAAAGAUUAAACCCUGUUGUCCCCUUAAGUAACCCCAAAAAGUGACUUCUACCUUUUUCUAAAAAAUCAGGAUUACAGGGUUCCAGCUAUUUAUACUGUCAAAACUAAAAUUUCAAGAAACUAAUCCACUUUCCUCAUCUCUCAUUAUGAAGAGAAAGCAGAUGAAGACUACAGGAAAUAAACUCUUUAUUUAAUUGAUCAUAACAGUAGUGCUCACUGUUGCUAAAUUAAACCAGAUUUUCUCAUCACUAAAAAAUAUUUUUCUUUGUAUCAGACAAACUUUUUUCAGGCUAUCAGAGGCUCUCUGACACCAGAUGCUGUUUUAAUACUUGCUUUAUUUUAAUCUUUGCAGUUAAAACUGUUUCCUGAUUCUUUGACUUCUGAUUAUUUUCCCCAUUAUUUCAUUUUCUUAUUCCUUUUUUUCACAUUACUUUUAAAUGUACCCUGUUGUCUUUUGAAUUACUUCUAUACUUAAUGGCUUCCAUGUUGUCUGUUUUUUCUCCUCAGUCGACCAGUAAUGUAUGGAUGACCCAUGCAGAGAUGGAGUCCCUGAAUGCUACCACCAAACCUCCGGUCAGUGCCACCCACUGUCCUGUCUCUGUUCUGAAAACCCAUUUUGAGUUCUUCAUUAUGAUUUGAUUCUGUUUGAAUUCUUUUGAAUGUUUUGUCUGGCCUUAAUCAUGUUGACAAGUCUCCCUCCUCCUUCCCCCUCUGUUUCUUUUUUUAAAUUUCUUCCUCUGUACGUCUCUCUUUUUCUUUUUCGGUGGGUCCAGGCCAUAGUGUUGAGUGUCUUCUUCUUUCCCUCUGGUUGCUGUUUCUGUGUGAACUGCUUCCAACUAAUUGCCCGUUCACUAACACACUAUUCCUUCCUUUUGUCCUCUUUUCCUGCUGCUGCUGGUGCUGCUGCUUUGCCCUCCUCCCCACCCCCAUCCCCUCCAUCAUCUCUCUGUCCAUUCACCCUGAUUUUGCUCCCUGCUCCACCUCUUCCCUUUCCACCUCCACGUCUCUCUCUCUCUCUCUUUCUGGCUCUGUCUCUCUUUGUCUGCCUCCUGUCUUCUGUCGGUGCUGCAGGAGCUAAAGGAGUUCAGCUGGGAUCAGGUAAGGAUCAACUGCACCUUCUCAAAAAGUCAAAAUUAACAGCACAUGACUGUCAGUAAUUUGAUCUCCACUGAGGCCAAAGUGAGUCAUGUGCACCAUCACAUAUCAAGCCGAGCGUGAAUCAGUGUUGAUCAUCUGUGGUUGGUUGUCCCCCUCCAGAUACUGGCCUAUGGCGAUAUGAAUCAUGAGUGGGUGGGAAACGACUGGCUGCCCAGCCUGGGUCUGCCACAGUAUCGCAGCUACUUCAUGGAGUCCCUGGUGGAUGCUCGUAUGCUGGACCACCUGACGAAAAAGGAGCUGAGAGGACAGCUCAAAAUGGUGGACAGCUUCCACAGGUAGAGCUUGUUCCUUCUACAGCUGUGACCCAUGUGCUCCACAACCACUCCUCUGUUUUUUUGCCAUCAUUUGGCCACAUUUAAGCUCAUUUUUAGUCUUAUUUUUAUGUUAUUUGGUUCCCCAAAAAUUUUCAGAAAAAUCAGGGACAUAGUUACAAUCCCAAACUUGAACUUUAAAUUGUCAUUUAUGUUGAGUGUUAAAAAGAAGAGUAGAAGAGUGAGGAAGGCUCAGUUUCUCUGAAGAACUUCUGGUUUGCAUUUUCUUCAUCCAUAGACAUCUGUAUGGCAUGUUGGGAAAAGUUCUUAUACUUGCUGUACAGGUGUCAAAUUGCUGUCACUGGUCUUUUACAGUCACCCCUAUAAGUAAAGUUAAAUGCAGUUACAUAUCAGUCUUUGAAGCCUGCACUCAGCUCCCUCACACACAGGGCAUGAAGGGGCAGAGCUAUGACACAGACAGGACCCUAAAUGAUGCUUUUGUUUGGUAGUUUGGAGCAGAGGCGAGUGCAUCAAGAGGCUGCAAAAACUAGACUUGUCUGAUCAGACAUUUUUCAUUUCAACCAGGAUCACAUGUGGUCUGAACUGUGCAUGGUUCAACUGAGAGCCAUUGAACCACUACCUGUAAGAAAUAUAUUUAGACAAAAAUCUCAUCUUGCUUUCUUUUGAUAGUGGAAUCACUGUACAUCAGUGUGAGUCACUGUGAAUAUUUGCCAUGAAAAAUGUCAACAAAUACUAUUUCAGCAGCAUGCUGUCACUCACCAUCUGACACCUACCCCACAGCAGGGGCUACAAGCCUCAAAAAUAAAUUCAUCAAAAUAACAAAUGUUGAGGUGCUUCAUGGCCGACUAAAAACUUGGAGCUUUAAGUAGUUCUUUUAUAGAGAUAUUGCUCAUGGAAACAAGCUGAUAGAGUAACUAUUAGUGUCUAUAUUAGUAUGAGUUUAAUACUCACCAGAUACAUUUGUACGACGGAGUAUAAGGGCCACAUUAAGAAAAAAAAAUUAGACUUCAAGAUUAAAGUCGUUAACUUCAAAUUCAAAUUUCAAUCAAAAUUCAAUCAGUCAAUCAAAUUUUAUUUAUAUAGCGCCAAUUUACAACAGUCGUCAUCCCAAGACGCUUUUCAAAGAACAAGAGCAGGUCUAGACCACGCUCAUUGUUAGAUGAAUUAUCAAGGCCCAACCUAAGAUGGGUUUUGGCCCAUCUCAUCUAACGUGAGUAACAGUGGCAAGAAAAAACUUCCUUUUAACAGGCAUAAACCUUGAGCAGGACCCAACUCAGGCCAGACAGCCACCAAGCCGCUUUUGGGUUGGGGAGGAAUUCAGAGAGAUAGGAGGAGAGAGAGAACAAGAGAGAGAGAGAGAGAGUAAGAGAGAGGGAGAGAGAGAGAGAGAGAGAGAGAGAGUGGAGAGAGAAAGAGAACAAGAUAGAGGGAAGGAGAGAGAUAAUGAGUAAGGGAGGGAGAGAGAGUAGAGAACGAGGGUGAGAGAGAGAGAUGGGACAGCAGCAACAUUUAAACAACAACAACAACUCAUGUAAUGGUGAAAAAAAAAUGAAUUCAGUUUACAGGGUUAGGAUAUGAGUAAUUAUGGACUAUGUUAAAUUAAUUUAAUGUGAUUACAGUCAGCAGGCCUAAUAGUAGUUAACUCUAGCUUUAUGUUAUUAAUGUCAUGUCAUGUCCACAGCAACAGUCCAGAGGAACCCAACUUCCGAGAAUAAAGUAAUUACUAAGGAGAAUAAAGUCGUAAUUAAGUAAUAACUUACGAGAAUAAGGUCAGAAUAAAGUCCUUAUUCUAACCUGUUGAAUAAGAUGACAGUUGUUGAAAUGAGAGCCAUGGAGCGUUUUUUGAAAAUGUACUAUAAUAUAGAUUUCUCAAAGAAGGAGAUACUUAAUCUUUUAGCACAACAGCACCACAUUGUUAUAAGUAUCAUAAUGAUUUUAUUACGACUUUAUUUUUGUAAUUUAUUACUUUAUUACGACUUUAUUUCUGUUAGUAAUCACUUUAUUAUGACUUUACUCUCGUUAGUAAAAUGGGAUUAAUGAGACUUCAAUCUCAUUAGAAUUGACUUUAUUGUCGUAAAUUAACGACUUUAACAACUUGUGGUGAGUUCGGCCCACUCUUUAGUGUCUAAGCUGUUUCUGUGAGGAAUAGAAAAUAUGAAGGUGUUAACAGAUACUGACUGAGUGCUGCUGCUGUUGUUCUAACACUCUGGCUGUUCAGCUGUGUGUCUCCAGGCUCUCUUAAAGUUCUCUUGAGAGGUCAAAAGGAGUCGGCUGGUGUUAAUGCUCUUUGAGUAAAGGUGAGAGUGGAAACACGCCCCUCAGUUAACCUGCUUCACUCUCUCUGCCUCUUUGACCUCUCUCAGGGUCAGUUUGCAUUACGGCAUCAUGUGCCUGAAGCGUCUGAACUAUGACCGCAAGGAGCUGGAGAGGAGGAGAGAGGAGAGCGCCCACCAGAACAAAGGUGAGCACUGCUAUUAUCUCAUUAUUCGUGCCCCUAUUCAUGUGACCCCAUCCACCCAGCUAAUUCCUCCAUUCACCUGCUGCUUUUGUCUUGUUCAAAGCAUACCUUAGUGACCCCUGUACAAACCCUAAUCAUCACUAUUAUUGAUCUAUUAUCAACCCAUUAGUUUAACUAAAUGUUCUAUGCAUGGUUGUUGUUUUUUAAAAGCAGUCCAGUAUAAGGGCCUGUGUCCACUCACACCUUUUUACACUAGCUGUGUUUAUUUUUUUCUAGACAAAACUUAUGAAGUUUAGAGUUUUUUUCUGCCCCCACUAUCCAUUUGCCAAAACACCGGGAAGCCACUGUAACUCAAACACAAGGGGGUCUUAACCACCUCAAACUUCACACAUAAGAUGACAGUAAACAUCUUUAACAUCUUAAACAUCUAUAUGCCAGUGCUGCCAACAGCUUAUGAGGGGCAAGAAACCUGCCUUCAUGUGAUUUAGAAGAAAAAUAAUGAAUUUAAUAUGUGUGCUCAACACUUAAUGUUGUUUUCCUAACACACAAACAUUCUUAGAUAUAUCUGUACAGAAACAAACUCUACAGCUGCUCAACAUCCCAAAACCUGUCCCAGCCCAAUCUGCAACAAACCCUGAUGAGUAUUAAGGUGCGAGGGCCUGAAAGAAAGAGAAACGAAACACACUCGUACUAUUUCCAGAUGUAGAACUGCUAGCUAUUUUAAUAAAAUGCCAUUGAAUUGAAGCAAAUGUGAUGUGGAGGAAGGGCCACGGGCAACUUUUGUUUUACAAAAGUUGAAAAAAAGUUAACAACAGUAAGCACUUAUAAGGAGUGCUCUCAAAUUGAGGUUGUGGGCACUGCCGGCACAAAAUCAAUCAGUCAAUUAAUUUUUAUUUAUAUAGCGCCAAAUCACAACAAUUGUUACCUCAAGAUACUUUCCAAUAGAGCAGGUCUAGACCAGACUCAUUGUUUGAUGUGUUACAAAGACCCAAGCUCAAGAUGGGACAAGAUUGAGCCCCAUCUAGAGAUACCUGUAAUGUCAUCUCAAAUCAACAUGAGUGAAGCACUUUCCAGUAUUGAGCAAGUUAUGAUGGCAAGAAAAAACUUCCCUUUAAACAGGCAGAAACCUUGAGUAGAACCAGACUCAAGAGUCCAGAACAUUUUGCUUGGAAACGAAUCCAUUAAACUGCAUGUCUUCAACGUAGGGUAAAGGAGGGACAAAGGGGUUUCCAGGACAUCAUCAGCAAUAUACCACAGUAAUAUGGUGACAUAAUGUAUGACUAUUUUGGUCAUGAGCUUGCUUACAUAUCUAAAAUAGGGAACUGCAAGCAGAAUAAGACACCAAUAACAAAAUCUUACCAACACACGACCCUUCAUCACACAGUCUGAUUUUUACUCACUGUAGGUUUCGUGCAAAAUGUCAACAUGAGCCAGGAGGACCUAUUACUGAACAUCCUGGAUUUUGCAUUGUAAUCUGUUUUAGGAGACAUAAAAACAGAAUCAAUCAUAGAAAAUAAGUGUUUCACCCCACUAAUCCAGGGAUGUCUUCCUUGUAAGCAGCUGUUUGGACAUCCUCACAAAUCUCAUCCUAGAUAAAGUCUGACAUUUAUGUGUGACGUUUGGGGGUUCCCAUCCCAAGUCUCUGCUGAUGGUCUAAUCUGGUGCUGAUGGCCUGGGCCUGAACUUCCGGAAUUGAUGAGAUGAUGAAACACAAAAGACUUAUGAGGCUUGGCAUGAUCAGAUGAGCCCAGAUGUUGGGGUAGCAAAAUUUUUAUCUUUAAGAAUUAAUACUAUUGAAUCAGGAUGCUGGUUCUUUCUUCACCUCAUUUAUGUAUUGGCUUAUUUUUCAACAAGCAAGAGAAAAUAAGAACUACUGUAUGAACGAAUUGUAGAAUGAGCGUUACUUAAGUGUACUGUCUGUAAGUAUAUGCCUAAGUUCAAAAUGAUAAUGGAAAAGAAGAUAAGGACCACAGGAAGAGUAGUUACUACAUAUCUUGUUGUAAUAAUAGUGGAUCCAAACUAAAUCAAAUCAAAUCAAAUGUGUAAUGGUACCUUGGGGAAAACAUGACCAAUUAAAGAGUGUGCCAUUACAAUUCUUGCUUUUGCCAUUAAAAGGCUUGGAUUGUCAUUCUUUGUGACCAAAUUACAAAAGGCAUCAGUCAAUUUUUUUCUAUUUUGUUGGCUUCUGUUAUUCAUUAAGACCCCAACAACAAAAAAAGGAUGAAUCAACUGCAUAGAGCAGUAGACUGGCUGUCAAAGCUCCUGUUAGGGAGUUUUUGUGCUUAUAAAACCAACUGAAAUUAUGAAUGAUGCUCUUAAAUGACCUAGAAAAACAAACAAGAACAUUACGAGGAAGAGAGUUUUUUCAUUAAAGUUCCUGUUUAGUAACUGGAAGGGCUGCCUCCAAGUAGGUGCCAGAUGGGAUGAUAAAGCAUAACCUGACAAACAGCUUUUCGAUAUUCACAAUAACUAAAAUGUUAGACCAUUUAAAGACUGAGGCGUGACAUUUUUUGGCAACAAAAGGUGAUGCGUGUUUAGGAGAAGAUGAGCAAGAAGAUUAAAGACAUAGCAUUGUACAUGAGGGUGAGGAUGGGGACUACCACAGACUAAAAGUUCUUCAGAGGAACUUUAAACACAGUUUAAAGACAUGAAUUUGAAGAUUCUAAAUCAUCAUAACCGUUAUCACCAGAACACUGUCUCUAUGUUUUAUGUUAUUUGACAUAAGAGGGAAAAGAAAUAUCUUCCUGAGCUAUGCAAUCCACAAAAAUCCUUAACUUUCUCAUUUCAGAUUUGUGGGAUUUAGUCACUCAAAGUUAAUACGGACUGACUUUCUCUCCGAAUUUUCACUUUUUCUCUUAGAAUUAAAGGAUUACUCACUGGUUAAUCUCAUAUUAAUCUUGGAAUUCUGAGUAAAAAGGCAGAAUGGACCAUUUGUGACAUCUUAUUCAGGGUGGGGGUGCUCUGUCUAUGUCUUUCUGUUGUGUUUCAGAUUGUUGGAUGUAAGUUGCACAGACUGCAAUGAACUGACAAAUUUUGGACAUUUUAUUGCUCUCCAUUUGAUAAGCAGCCACAAACACAAUGGGCUACAAAAGUUCAGACAUACAUGAUAUUCGGAAUUUUUUUCUUUUACUUUUUAUUGAUUGUGAAAUUAAUUUUAAACUCUGGAACAAGGUCAGAGCUCCAACCCUGUUUCAUAUAUUUUGCAUAUCAAUUAUUUUUACAAACUUGCUGGGGUUAAAAACGCGUACAGACCUUCUAACUCCAAACAUAACAGGAGUUUUCUUUGUUUGGUCUUUCUACUACACUGCUAGCUGGAAGAUGUUCAGACCACCUCUUAGUUAUUGCUUUCCCCUUGAUUCCCCUAAGAGAUUAUAAACCACAGCUUUCUAGAGCAAUUUGACUUGAUAAUGAUCACAUAAAUGUCAACACUCUCAGUCAUUAAACAAACCCAAAUCUCCCAUUCUCCCAAUGCUCUGCCUCAGAAUACACAUGUUGUACAUUUACAGUCAAUUCAUCUUGGCUGAUUUCCUCCCAGAAGAAUUUUCCCAGUCAGGAAAUGUGUGGGGUUUUUGUUUGGCUGAUGCCUGGCUUGACUAUCACAGUCCAUCUAAGUGAAUCCAUCAUUUGAGUAGGAAUUUUCAACCAUUUUUCUUGAUCACCCGGUGAUACUUCAACGACAAUUAACCCCUUUGAGAGACCAUUCAUAAGCCAGCCUAAGCUCAAGGAUGUCAGCAGAAUAUUAAGAAACUCGAUCUCGCUUAUAAAAACAGCAGAUGGAUGCCUCCUCCCCUCUCCACCUCCUCCUCCUCAUUUACCUUUCCUUCCUUUUUCCCAGAUGUGAUGGUGUGGUCCAAUGAGCGUGUGAUGUGCUGGAUACAGACUCUGGGCUUGAAGGAGUAUGCAGACAACCUGCGUGAGAGCGGUGUCCAUGGAGCUCUGCUGGCUCUUGAUGACACCUUUGACUUCACUGACCUGGCCCUGCUACUGCAGAUCCCCAAUCAGAACACACAGGUAAACAUGGCCAUCAGUGAAGUUACAGCUGUUCUCCACAGUCAUUUUACCCUCCAGAUCAUCAGCUACCUUUACCUGUUUGCUUGUUCUGUUUUAUUGUGUGACUGCAGUUUUCUAAGCAGUUACUCAGGGCACUAUUGGGGCACAUAAUAUAUCACCUGCUUGAAGAAAAUGUGACCUGGGAGCUUUGAGUCAUCACAUUGCACUUAAGUCUUGAAUAUUUGUCAACCAAAUUAAUCAAUAUGUUAUAAAACCAAACUGGCAAGUCCAUGGUUAAACUUCUGACUGAAAGAAUAAUGAGAAAAGGCAUAGUAUACAUAAUAGUAAGCAUAAAAAACAUUCAAAAUAAGUUUACAAAAAUCAAAAUACUUUCAUUCAAUCAUACAGGCUGUUAUAAAACUCUUGACACCCAUAGUUUGCUGCCAAGUUUUUACUCUUACAGAUGAUAAGCAUUGAUCAUAGACUGUAUAAACCAUGAACUUAGUUUAACUGACAUAUCUGACUGGUUUCCAAGGUAGUGGUCAUAUUGGCAAUGCUAACUCCAAGUGGCUUCCUACCAGGGCUGCACAAUUUUGGCAAAAUUUUUUCUUUUUUUUUAAUUCUCUGAAAACGUGAUUUCGAUUUCGAUUUUUGAUUCAGUGACAACUUCACCAAACUUCCCCUUAAAAAAAGUUUUUCUAUCAUCUCUCAAAACAAAAUCGCUGAAAAUUAUGUAGUGCAUAGGCCAAGCCAGUAAGUGGCACUGUAAUGCUGCACAGGAAAUGCACAAACAACAGAAGAGUACAAAGCAUGCGUAUCAAGGUUGUUUUAGCCGGACACGAACAGGCGCCAUAAAAGAAUUACACUAUUUGUGAGAUAAUUGUUUUGAGAGAUGCAGAUAGGCAGGUAGUUGUCUAUGCACUCUCUGACCCGUUUUCAAAAAGUACCAUUUACAGUCACCUGAAACACUGUCUCCGUGUGGAUGAAACACCAAUACGUCAAAAAUCUUUUGCGUUGACUCCUGAAUUUGUUUCCGUGUUGAUGGGAGCAUACCAUCCUCAGACAGACUUUUCAGCAGGGAGUCGUUUGCUCUUCGUCCAAAACUGCAAAGCCGUACCAGUUCCACACAACUUACUUGCUCUUGCCCUAUUUAGCCAUGAAACUAUUGCCUUCUUUUACAAAUGCCAUGCUUGUUUACACUGGUGUGUGUGGGAACUGGGGAGUGCUCUUGCUGGAAUUGGGAGCCUAUGGUGGCCUGGAGGCGCAAGACAUGAUAGAGAGAAAAAUUGAUUUGACAAAUUUAAGUUUUUUAAUAUCGUCAUAAUUAAAUAAUCUGAAUACGAUCAGACAUGUAUUCUUUUCACAUAACUUGACAUGUUUCGGCGGAAGAUUCUGCCCUCGUCAGAAGUGUCACUUGGUAGUAGGUGUGACUCUCCCGUCGAAAUAAGGAAACAGGGCCCAGGGACAGUGAACAGGGAUGAGGGGGCAUACAUGCUCUCACACACCUGGAGCAGCGUCCUGCAGAGGCGACAGACAGCAGGAGGUGUGACCUUUCCUGUCAAAAAUAUUGACAGAAGGGUCACGCUUCAUUAACACUGGCUGAUAUGACGCGUCACACCUGCUACCAACUGACACUUCUGAGGAAGGCGGAAGUUUCCGCCAAAUCAUGUCAAGGUACGUGAAAAGAAUACAUGUCUAAGAUAAAAGAAAACAGAAAACUAUUUCUAAGUAACUGAAGACAUAAUGACCAUCUUUCACCUACAAUUUAAAAUCAAUUAAUCGUGCAGCCCUAUCUCUGACUACUUUAGAAACUGGCAAAAAGGCUACAUUAAGACUAUAGUCUUGCCGCCUAGCAGGCAGCUACUUCACGGACACCUGCAGACAAAUUAACCAUACCUCUAAUUAUUUUUAACUCUUAUGGCUCAUUUAUAUUUCCCAUAAAUUCUCUUUCAUUUUAAACACUAUAACCAUCAGUAGCCACGUAUGUUCAAAUAUCCUUAAUGGAUGUUUGACUAUACUAUAAAUCUAUUGGAGGGUGCUGGCACAGACCACCAUUUCUCUGUUGCAUUUCAACUGGCAAUCAGUUCCUGUCAGAUCUCUACCCAACCGUUCUGUUGAAUAUAUAUGCAUAUAUAGACUAUAGUCUCUAACCAACUCAGGCAAUCUUUUCUCAAAAAAGUUUUCCAAGUAUUCAUCUUGGUUGUGUUUUGCUAGUCUGGCUUGAACUGAUCAAGGCCUCCAUUUUGAGCGGUCCUGUAAUGUUUGGUGUGUAUUUGUGAGCUUCCAGAUCACAUGCAGAAAUACAACUGAAAUGCACAGUGACAUGGGCAGAAGGCACCAUCCAUAGCCUUUUGCACAUCAGAUGAAAAGGAUAAAUGAGCAUGUAAGUGCCAUGAAUAAGGGUUAAGCUAGGCUAAAGUGGACAUUUGAGCAUCAACAGUUUUCAAUUUACACUUGGGCUUCAUUUUCCAACACCAGAAGUUGCUGCUUGGCUUCAAAGAACCAUUUUCUACAGUGGGUUGUUUUACCGGUGCAGAGGCUGGAGUCAAACUAGAGAACCAGAUAACCGUGUAAUGCUAGCAUGCGUCUUUGCAUUUAUAGCUUUUUAACUUAAAGGGGUAUUUCUGCUACCUCAUGUUUCCGUUAGCUGCUGAUAGACAGAUACGGAUAGGCAUGCAUUCAGUAACUCACCACCCAGUAAAGAUAUAGUUAUUUUAAGGCCUCUGUGUCCUACUCCUAUCCUGACUCAGGCAAUGCAAACAUACUGUACUGUGUCAUGUGGGCUAUUGUUUUGCAGAUGAGCCAUGCAGAUGUCAAUCAACUACAAUCAACAUGUCUGGAAACUGUGAAACCACUUAUUGUAUUGUAUGUAUUUAACUCAGGUCAAGUUUCCGGACACUUUGGCAGCCGUAACCUACAGCCAGCACUCUGACCCUUUUCUAUGCAGAACAAUUUUAUUAUUUAAUUUUCCUUGAUGGUACUUAUGAAUAGCUUCUUUAAUAGCAUUACUUUUUCAACAUUUAUGAUCAUAGCAAAAAUGCUAGGACCCUAAUGAUCAAAACAACAUUAUAUGGUUUAAAUCUGAAGGUUUUAUGUUCUCAAACUGAUGCAUGAUUCAAACAUCCUUCUAUGCCUCAUGUAAAAGCAAGAAUGAUACAAAACCAAAAAUCAUCAGAGUGGCUAAGCAGGCAGCCCUCUGGACUCAAAGGGUUAGACAACAACCAUGACCAAAACAAUCAAGUGUGGCCGGGGACCUUUGUUGCAUCUCUGUCCCUGUAAUUUCCUGUCUGUUCUUUGCUGUCUUUAAUAAAGGGCUUAAAAUACCUCGUCUGGUUUAAAGCAGUUCAAACAUGAGCUAAUGAAUGCCAGCAGAGCAUGCCCGUCUUUAAAAUGUGUCAUCUGAGGAGUCCAAAUGAAUCUUAAAGCCCUGCAUCACCUCUCUCCUGCAGGCCAGACAGCUCCUGGAGCAAGAGUACAACACGCUCAUCUCCAUGGGAACCGAGAGACGACCUGAUGAGGUCAGCAUGCUAAUCAGCUUCAAAAGAUUUUUCUGUUAGAAUUUGACUGAUGGAGGAUUUUGUGUAAAACCAUGUUUUUUUUCACACACUCUGACAGGAUGGAACAAAGACGUUCACACGCUCGCCCUCCUGGAGGAAGAUGUUCAGGGAGAAAGACCUCCGGGGCGUGACCUCCGACUCCGCCGAGACCCUGCCUGCUAACUUCCGUGCCUCAGCCAUCGCCACACCCUCCGUUACCCUGAGAAAGGUUCAGAGUGAUGGUGAGUAUGACACAGGACCUCUGACACUUUCGUGCUCAUGUUCAACUUCUCAGAGGCCCUGUAGGCAUGUCCUGAAUUAGACGAUGUGUGAAGGAAGACCUGUUACUCUAUACGCCGUUACUCACAUGACGAGCAUGACAAGACUCGGGCCAAAAGGUCUGCUAUGGCUAGGUAGAAGACUUGGUCCUGUUGAGGUACAGCUGAUUAUGACCUGUGUUCCCAUGGGAUACAAUUUGUAUGAUUGAUCUGCGAAAAAUGAAUUGGUGAUUUAGUUAAUGCUAAAAAUUGUGCAAAGUGGUCAUUACAAUUUCCAGAGUCCAGUGAGGUGUCUUCAUAUUAGUUCAGUAUUUUGAUAUUUCCUUAUUUAAUGCAACACAUAAAAUAAAAGAAAAAGACUUCUUAGAUGGGCGAUGGUCUUAAUUCGUAUAUCUGAAAGCAUCAUAAAGCUCAGCAGCUUUCACUGAAAAUCAGAUUUUCAGAAAUUAAUACAUGCAUUUAUCAGGAGUAGCCUUGACAACUGCAGUGGUCUGUUCAGCGGCCUCCCAAGCUCAAAGCUUCACAUCAACAUUAAAUGAAAGGAAGACUUAGUUGUAGCAGUACAAGUUCACGGCAACAGAAACCUGUCAAAUACAAGAGCCCAAAAAGUCCCUGAAAUAUAAAUAGUCUUCAACUAACCUAAAACCUACUGAUAUGCUUUUAUGUGACACCAACAGAUAGAGAGAGACAAAAAAGGAAGGACAGAAGCUUAAUGAGCCAGAUCCAUCCCAUAGCUCAAGCCUGAGCAAAGCAUUAUCAGAAAUGUCAAAGGGAUAUAUCCGCGUAAAAUUAAUUAAGGGUCAAACACACCGUGUCACAGAGUUAGACAGCCCUGUCGGGAGAUGAAUGUUGCCACUUGCUUCUCUAGUUAUACCAACUUUAGUAAUGACCGCACGAUAGCAAUACACAGCAGUCUGAGGAGCCAUAAACAAACCUCAACCAAAAUGCCGCCCUAUAGCCACAAAUGAUGCUCAGAACAGCACCUAACUUCAUUAACAGUACAUAUAGGGUCCCAGCCAUAGCACUAGCCACAGAACAUCUUUUGAACUUUGUGUAAUUUGUUUAGCGAAGAGACUAAACACAACUCACCUAUUCUCUUCCAGCAGCCACUUGUUUGUAGCGAGACCGCGGGACAGUCCAUUACGGACAAUAGCAGGGGGGGACGCAGCUCAAGGAAAAACAUUUAUGAUUUCUUUAUUAUUUCCUUGAAGUAAUAAUCACUGUAUUACCUCACUGCAGUGCAGAUUAUGAUCAUUUCCUCAUGGAAAUGCAGUCAGACCGAGACGCUAAGGCAGAAGAACUACCACUUCUGCAGUGCAAAACAAUAAAUAUGGUGAUUAUUACUUCAAGGUAAUGAUAAAGAAAUGACCAUAAAUGUUUUUCCUUGAGCUGCGUCUCCCCGCUAUUGUCCGUAAUGGACUGUACCGAGGUCUCGCUACAAACAAGUGGCUGCUGGAAGAGGGUAGGUGAGUUGUGUUUAGUCUCUUUGCUGAAGAAAUUAGGCAAAGUUCAAAAGAUGUUUGGUGGCUAGUACUAUGGCUGGGACCCCAUAUGUACUGUUCAUGAAGUUAAGUUGCUGUUCUGAGCAUCAUUUGUGGCUACAGAGUGGCUUUUUGGUUGAGGUUUGUGUGUGGCUCCUCAGACCGCUGUGUAUUGCUAUCAUGCAGAUGUUACUAAAGUUGGUUUAACUAAAGAAGCAUGUAGUCGGCAACAUUCAUCUCUCGAGGGGGAUGUCUAACUUGGUGUUGCGGUGUGUUUGACCCUAAAUAAAUUUUACACCGGAAUAUGACUUUAAGACUACUCUUGAAAGAGGAGAAGGUGUCUGCCUCUGAUCUUGACUGAUAGAUGAUGCCAAAGGCAAAGUGUAAAAAACCACAGGUACUACCUCCCACAAGGAUUUAACCCCCAGGUGGACUAAAUACUGUACUUUUUCAUGAGUUUAGUAGGGGCUAGUCUUAACCAAAGCUUAACCAAAAAGGUUUAAGCCUUGUAGUGUAAGGAGAGUGUCUGCCCCCCUGACCCUGACCUGGUGGAUGAGAGCCUAAAAAACUGGAGGCUCUACCUCCUGUACUACUUUUGGGGACUGGGAUUCACCCCCCAGUAAGACUUUGUGUGCGUGCAUGUACAUAGGAUUCUUUCGAGGGGUGUACAUGUGGCAUACAUGCUGUACACAAUUUUAUAUCUCUACCUUUUUUUUGGUCCAUUCUGCAAAUUUUUUUUUACUAUUCGCACUUUUAUGAAUUCAUUUUUUUCUCUAAAUGUGAGGCACAUUGUGUUGUCCCAAGUAUGGGAUCUUCUAUACAAAAAAGUUGUGACUGAACUUUGUGUCUUAUUUGAGAAGCACAUAUCCUGUAAAUUUGCCAAAAAAGCUAAAAAGAGGCAGAUUUUAUCUUUUGUUCAAUAAAGCCAUUCACCUUUGCACUCCUUGGUAAAUGGUUCUAUUAAGAACCAAUGAAAAGGAACAUUUGUUUUUAGUUUACAAAAAGUGGUUAUAUAAGUUACAUAAGUCACAGGACUUAAAUCACACACUUUGAAGAGAUGGUUGUUUUCAUGCUACUGUGCCAUUACUUUGGCGAAGGAAUUUUCUGUUUCCUUUAGCUAAAGAGCCAGCAAUAACAAGGAGCAGCCGCUUCAAAGCACAGAGGAAGACCAUUAUGCCUCAUUCCCCAUACUUAAUGGGAAUGCCUGUAGAAGGUCAGUGUUGUUUAAGAUGUCACCAUAAUGAUUCCAUCUGUGCGUGUCUGUCUCUGGCUUUCUGACGCAGCCAACGCUGGUGCCCGGGGUGAAUCUGCCUCAGUGAGGACGUACUCCUGUUGA